AUGGCACCAACGUGCUCGGAUCCUCGUCAGAUCGUUAUCACACUCAACCCCGCGCGUCGCCAAGCGCUCCUCAAACUCGUCGAUGAGAUCACUACUUAUAUGAGUGAUCAACUUCAAGCUUCCGACGAUGAGCUUGGCCCUGUCCUAUCAACCCCUCGAAAUGAGAGUGGACCUUCUACACCAAGAGACGAGGACAGGUCAUCAACACCCAGGAAUGAUGACUCUGAUCGAAAUGCUCAGCAGCAGCAGCCGAACAAGCCAUCGGCGCAGGCACUACGUAUUCAGAAAGCUGCUAUAAAGCAUUUGAAGGAGUGGAAAAAAGAAUUCAUGGCCAAGUUGGAGGAGAUUAUUUAUGUCAAAGAUGAUCACAAGAUUCAGGAGGAAAGGCGCAAACAUCAACAGGAAGCUGAAAAGAGGAAGCUCGAUACACCCGAGGAAGGCGAGAACCUCAUCAGUUUUGGGGAGAAUAAGAUAGACAAGUCUGAGGAUAUUGCCUCUCUUCAGGCUCUAUAUCAUCCUAUUCCCACAAGACUGACAACGAUCCCUGCUGCCGAUAGAAGGGAGGCCAUAUCAUGUAUCCUACUCCUUCUGCUUUCCACAGGCAAGUAUUCCGCCCAUACUCGAGCACUUGCGCUCUAUCUUGCUUCCUCUCUUGAAAUUACCCAGACUUUCCUCAUCAAGGAAGAAAUGGAAAUCGCCAAGACUCUCCUCGAAUCCUCCAAGGACCAAGAUAAGCAGCAGGAGGUUAUGUCUGCCGAGGCCGAAGCUUCCAAGCGCCGAGAGGAGAACAAGUUCAGUCGUUUCUGGAAAGUCGGGCUUGCUUCUGUUGCCGGUGCAGCUGUGAUCGGAGUCACGGGUGGUCUGGCAGCACCUCUUGUCGCUGGAGCUGUUGGUGGUAUCCUCGGUGGCGUGGGCUUGGGAGGUGUUGCUAGCUUCCUUGGUAUCUUCUGGAUGAACGGUGCUCUCGUAGGCGCUUUAUUUGGUGCAUAUGGAGGGAAAAUGACUGGUGAAAUGAUGGACAAGUACGCAAAGGAAGUCGAGGACUUCUGCUUCAUCCCCCUCAGAGGCGAGUGGGGAGAGGUUUUUAAUGCAGAACAGGACCAAUCACAAGCACAGGGACGGCGACUGCGUGUUACGAUUGGAAUCAAUGGCUGGCUUCGCGAUGAGGACGAUGUGACAAAGCCAUGGCGUAUUCUGGGUGACGACACUGAGGUCUUCGCUCUGCGCUAUGAGAUGAAGUCACUCAUUGCCUUGGGGCACGCUCUACGAAGUAUGGUCGAAUCGUUUGCAUGGAAGAAGCUCAAGGUCGAGAUAAUCAAGCGCACUGCCUUUGCCACCCUGCUUGCGGCUCUUUGGCCUAUCCAGGUGCUUGCUGCUGCCUCCAACAUUGAUAAUCCUUUUGGCCAUGCGCACAACCGAUCUAGAAAAGCAGGCCAGCUACUUGCUGACGCUCUGAUCAACAAAGUCCAAGGCGAGAGGCCUGUCACUCUGAUCGGAUAUUCGCUCGGCGCCACAGCGAUUCAUGCCUGCUUGCAGUCCCUUGCUGAGCGACACGCCUUUGGCCUCAUUGAUUCAGUUGUCAUCAUCGGCGCCCCAGCUCCUUCAGCCCCUCCUCACUGGCGCACUCUUCGUACUGUUGUCUCUGGAAAGAUCUUCAAUGUCUAUUCAGAGAACGAUAUGAUUCUCGGAUUCGUCUACCGGGCCCAUAGUCUCUCCAUGGGAGUCUCUGGCUUGCAGAAUAUUCAAGAGGUUGAAGGUAUCCAGAACCUCGAUCUGAGCGAUUCCGUCAGUGGACACCUCCGGUAUCCCGACCUCAUCGGUAAGAUUCUCAACAAGUGUGGAUUUGUGGGAAUCAAGACAACAUCCGAGAUCGAAAAGGAUGAUGUGAUCUUGAUGAAGGACCGUCAUGCCGAGGGUGAGUUGAUUGAUUUUGAAGGGAAUACGGUUGAGGGAAAGGAGAGCCUUCAGUCACCGAACCAAGAGCAAAUUGAAAAGGAUCUCCAUGGACUAAACAUCUCUCCUCCGGCUCUUGUUUCGCCAUCACAGCCUCCAGGUCAGGGAAAGUCACCACAACAGUCCAGCAACGAGAACCCGCCGCUUCCUCAAAGACCGACUCCCCAGGACAGAAAAGAAGAAGCACCAAAGCUGCCCCGACGGCCUGUAGCGAGCCAAGUACAGCCAUCAUCAGGAAUGGAUGAUGAAGCGGGACCGCCAUUGCCCCGACGCCCUACUGAAGCUCAACAGGAAGAUAGGCCUGCUAUUCCCCGCAAGCCAGUUGGAGCUGAUAAGGAAGCCAACACUCUUCCUCGACGUUUUGAAUCCUCACACGAUACUCAUCAGCAACAACAAAGACCCUGGACACCUGAGUCCAAUCUAACAGAUGAUGAGGAAUAUGGUCACAUUGCUAUGGUGAAUUAUGACAGCGACCAUAGUACAAAAUGA